AGUGAAUUGCAGAGCUGCACAAGAAGGGUGGCUUGUGUCGAUAUUAGUUCUUAGAUACUGAAUAAAGAUACUGAACCAAUUAUGAAGAACAAGGAAGCAUCCAAGAAGUCAAAAGGAAAAGGGAAAAAGAAAAACAACUCUGAACUAGAAGAAAUAAAGGCACUUGAGGAACAGUAUGAAUCAAUCAGUGCGGACGUGUCCUCGUUUGACGAGCUGCCGCUGUCUGAGCGCACGCGGCAGGGCCUGCGGGACCACCAGUUCACCACGCCGACGGACAUCCAGCGGGAGGCGGUCCGGCUGGCGCUGCAGGGCCACGACGUCCUGGGCGCCGCCAAGACCGGCUCCGGGAAAACGCUGGCCUUCCUCAUACCGAUGCUGGAGCUGCUGUACCGGCGCCGCUGGACGCGCGUGGACGGCCUGGGGGCGCUCAUCAUCACACCGACCCGGGAGCUGGCCUACCAGAUAUUCGCCGUCCUCGGCAACAUCGGUCAGCAGCACGACUUCUCGGCGGGACUCAUCAUAGGCGGCAAGGAUCUGAAGUUUGAGCGUAAGCGGAUGGACCAGGUGAACAUCAUAGUCUGCACGCCGGGCCGACUGCUGCAGCAUAUGGACGAGAACCCGCUCUUCAGCGCCGACAGCCUCCAGAUGCUGAUUCUGGACGAGGCGGACCGGUGUCUGGACAUGGGGUUCGCCAAGGCGAUGAACGCCAUCAUCGGCAACCUGCCCACCGAACGGCAGACGCUCCUCUUCUCCGCCACGCAGACCAAGUCAGUGCGGGACCUGUGCCGCCUCAGUCUGAAGGAGCCCGUCUACGUGUCCGUCCAUGAGAAGGCCAAGCACAGCACCCCCUCCGGUCUGGCGCAGAGCUACAUCGUGUGCGAGCAGCACGAGAAGCUGGACACCUUCUGGUCGUUCCUGCGCCACCACAAGCGACACAAGAUCCUCUGCUUCAUGCAGACCUGCAAACAGGUGAAGUACAUGUACGAGGUGUUCUGUCGCCUGCGGCCCGGUAUCACUGUGAUGGCUCUGUACGGAACGCUGCACCAGCUGCGCAGAAUGGCCAUCUACGACGACUUUUGUCGGAAACAGCGAGCCGUCCUCUUCGCCACAGACAUCGCAGCCAGGGGCCUCGACUUCCCUGCGGUGCACUGGGUGGUGCAGCUCGACUGUCCGGAGGACGCCAACACCUACAUCCACCGCGCCGGGCGGACAGCCAGGUUCCAGAAGGGCGGCGAGACGCUGCUCGUGCUCACUCCCAGGGAGGAGGAGGGUAUGGUCAGCCAGCUGCAGCAGAGAAAGAUUCCCAUCGAGAAAAUCGAGGUGAACAAGAUGAAGACGGCCACAGUGCAGCGGAAGGUGGAGGCGCUGCUGGCCCGGGAUGUCAACCUUAAGGAGUCUGCCAAGCGCGCCUUCAAGUCCUACUUCAAGUCCACCUUCCUGAUGAAGAACAAGGAGGUGUUUGACGUCACCAGCGUGGACACGGAGGCCUAUGCCAGGUCUCUGGGUCUGGCCGUGGCGCCCAGGAUCCGGUUCAUGAAGAAGCAGCAGCAGCAGCAGCAGGCGGCGGCGGCGGCGGCGGCGGCGGCGUCCAAGCCAGUGAAGACGGAGGCGUCCACCUCUGCCGCUGCCAGUGGCUCGGCGGAGGAGCAGGACAGCGGCAUUGACGAGAGCAGACAGACGGCCGACGGCAAACCGUACAAGCCGCUCUUCAGGACCGCCUACAGCUUCCACGACGAUGACGGUGACGGCGACUCGGAUGACGGCCUUCUGAAGGUGAAGCGCGUGGACCACUCGAUCGGCACCGACCCCGUGGUGGAGGAGGAGCUCAGGAAGCGCGAGGAGCGCCGCGCCUCCAAGAAGGUCACCAAGGCCGCCGCCGCUCACCGCAUGCUCAAAAAGAGCAUCCUGCCCAACAAGAAAAUGACCUUCAACGAGGAGGGCGAGGCGGUGCUGGACCACACGCGCCAGCAGGUGUCGGAGCUGGCGCAGAAGUACCAGCAGGAGGGUGGCAGCGGCAUCGACAUCGACACGGUCCGGCAGAUCCUCAAAGAAGAGGACCGCAUCGACCGGCAGAUCUUCAAACAGAAGAUCCAGGCCAAGCACAAAGAGAAGAAGCGGAAGCAGAAGCCGGAGCCGGAGCCGGACGAGGGCGGCUCCGAUGACGGCGGCGGCGUCCGGCUGGCCUCCCCGCCGCCCGACGAUGACGCCUCGAUGGCGGACGAUGACGCCGCGUCACCGGCGGCCAGCGAUGACGAGGAGGCGGCAGAUUACCGCGGCCCGGCGCUGGUGGAGUCGGACAGUGACGAGGGCGGGCCCAGAGGCCUGGCGCCCGCCUCCUCAGACGAGAGCGACGAGGAACCGGCGGUCAGACCGGCGGCGAAGCGGAAGGCUAAGCAGUCGGCCUCCCCCUCCAAGCGGAGUCGGCGGCGGCAGGCCGACUCUGACGACGACCUUAUCGAGACGGGCGGCACGGUGGCAGAUGAUGAGGCACUGGCGCUCCACCUGCUGACCGGCUGACAGGCCGCGCCGCUCCAGUAGGUGUACGGGGUCGGGCCAAUGACACCCCACCCUGUCAACUCUGGGUGGUACGGUGCGGUCUGAAUCGGGGACUGGAGCAUUGUGAUGCAUUGUUUUGAAUCUGUUUUGCAACUGCCGAUGUGUCGAAUAUAUAGGUCUAUGCGAAUUUA